CUCUUCCUACACGUACCUAGUUAUACAGGAGGCGUUGAGUCUAAGGUAGGCCUAUCGAUCCGUCCCUCCAGUUACUACAUAUACCCCAAAAUCUGUCAUCCCUGCUAGCCAUCGUCCGCUGUAUCGCCGUUCACGUCGCACUGAACGCUGUUAAACUGACGACAAAGAAGGAACAUUACCUGAUAGAACUGCAGGAAAGGUUUGGUAAAACAAUUCAGGUGGGAAAAGUGGGGAAAUAAAAUACAGGUGAGGAAGUUAUAUUACGUGCAGGUGUGUGCAUCAUUUAACUGUGACGAAAAGUUUGACUUCGUAGUCUAGUAUUGGACGUCCAUCAUCAAGGUGAUUUUACUCAAAUCAUCCGUGUAGAAUUUAUUGGGUUCUUUUUUAAACUGACAAAACUUUCACAUACUACAAACAUGGAAUGGGGAAUAUAUGUAUCCACUCGGCUGUGUUUAGCAUGUGUGAUGUUGUGUGUGCUCGUGCUUGACUGUAGAGCAUGUUUCAUAAGGAACUGUCCACCCGGAGGAAAGAGGAGCAUGGGAAUGAUGUCACGAGCAACGCACGAGUGCGCCUCCUGUGGACCGGGUAUGCGGGGACAAUGUGUCGGUCCGAGUACCUGUUGUGGUGACUUCGGAUGUUUGAUGGGCACUGAAGAAUCCCGAGUAUGUUCGAAAGAGGACGACAGUACCGAGCCAUGCUUAAUACGAGGAUCGUCGUGUGGCAGUAUGGGACAAGGCAACUGUGUGUCAGAGGGCCUUUGUUGUGACGCAUAUGCAUGUUCCUAUAACAACAAGUGCAAUGUAAACUCCGGAAAGGAGGACCACGAGAUCUUGUCCCUGCUGAAUCGCCUACUACACACGAACGACUACACCGACUGAGCCAUCUACUCCGUCUAUUGAUACAACAAUCAACCGGCCGCCAUUUUAAGUACUCUUUAACUCUCUUAGCAACGAGCUGUCAAGUAAAGUACUCUCUAAACUACAAAAACAACGCAAAAUAAGCGGUUUCGCAUCAUCCCAUUAACAAACUCGAGGGGCUGAUAUCGCGGGCGUCCAGACCUGGAACUUCCAACGAGAGUACAUCGCGGCCAUGUUUACUUACCAAAGAUGACUGUUGAUGAAUUUAAGAGGAUGUUUCUUUCCUCAGCAGAGCGGCUAUGUUUAUUUUCCAAUAAAUUUUUAUAUCUAGUUUUGAUAUAAUUUAUGUUGUUUCUGCGUAUGUGCUGCUGCAUCACAAUAAAAAUGAAUCUCAAAAAUUG